UGACGAGCUCCCAGCCAGGUGACGCAAACUGGAUCAUUGAUUUUUGAUUUCCGAGCGAUUUUUCUCCAGCUGUCAGCAAGAAAGGACAGUGGAGUAUGUGCAGUUUGAUGUUAUCUAGCGAUGAACAAUAGAGGCAGCUGCCCUUAGCAGCUAUCAGCAGCCAGCAGCGCUCCGUACAGCAGCUUCAGCACCACAGCCCUGGACAGCUCCGCUCUCACCUUUAGUCCAAGUCUCUCAGGUUCUCCAUAGCGGGAAGGUCGCUCCCUGCAUUUCCAACUCCCAUCAGUCUGAAGGGGAAAUCCGAACUCAUUAGCACAGUACCUGGGUCCGACUACAGCACAUUAAACGAGGAAAGGCACUUCCAGAACAGAUGGGUCCAAAAUAUGUUUUUAUUACUGCAAUCAUUGGGGUUUUCUGGCACGUCCAGGGCUUCCCCAACCCCGGCAUUAAGCAAGAUAAAGCUGUACACAACAGGGAAUUAAGUGAAGAGAGACCCCUGGAAGAACAGAUUGCAGAGGCAGACACUGUGAGCAGAGGCACAAGCAAAGAAAACCAAGAGAUGCUAAAAAAUGAUUCCUUUGCGGAUGAGCUUGGGCUGUUGAUGUCAGUAGCAGAAAAAGAAGGAGAUGUGAAGAGAAGUGGAAGUGUAAGGAGCUCUGUUGGUGGUCACAGGGGUACCCUGGAUGAUGCUGAUUCAACAAAGAACCUGAAGCCUGCAGAGUAUUUUGACUCAACUAAAAGCAUGUUGGAUUAUAAAUAUGAAGAUGACCCGGAUGGCCUGCACCAGUUAGAUGGCACACCUUUAACUGCAGAAGACAUUGUUAGAAAGAUUGCCACAAGAAUAUACGAGGAAAAUGACAGGGGGGUGUUUGAUAAGAUUGUGUCGAAGCUUCUGAACCUUGGACUGAUUACAGAAAGCCAGGCAUACACAUUAGAAGAUGAAGUGGCAGAAGUUUUACAGCAACUAAUUGCUAAUGAGGCUAAAAACCGUGAGAAGGAAGCAGGAGAUCUGGAUUAUGCAGCCGUGAGAUCAGACGUCUACGAUGACGAUAAGCAGGAGGGAAAAAUGGAAACACGAAAUAAAAAUGAAGACAGAGAAUCAUCUGAAACAAAAAAUGAGGAUUCUUUUAGCAGCAAGGAAAGAAGGAAUGAAUUAUCUCCCGAAGAAGACUUUGAUGAUCUCCAAUAUUUCCCAAAUUUUAAUCGACUUAUAAAAAGUCUUAACUCAGAAAACGAUGCCAAAGAGAAGAAGACAUUGAUAACAAUAAUGAAAACUCUAAUUGACUUUGUAAAAAUGAUGGUUAAAUAUGGGACAAUUACACCAGAAGAAGGAGUCAAUUACUUAGAAAACCUGGAUGCCAUGAUAGCUGUGCAAGCAAAGAAUAAACUUGGAAAAAGCUUUGGUUCUCACAAAAGCAUACUCUCAGAAGACAAGAAUGUUGAUGAAUCUGACAGCACAAAACAAGAAGCAGCCAAAAUGGAAAAAGAAUAUGAAGCAUUAAAGGACUCCACAAAACCAGAGCCCAAAGAUGCUGAGGACAAAGAUAAACCAAAAGGGAAGGCUGAGACAUAUUUAGAAGCAAUCAGAAAAAAUAUUGAGUGGCUAAAGGAACAUAACAAAGAGGGAAACAAAGGAGAUAAUGAUCUUUCAAAACUGAAAGAUUUCAUCAACCAGCAGGCAGAUUCCUACGUGGAAAAAGGAAUUUUGGACAAGGAAGAGGCCAAUGUUAUCAAGCGUAUCUACAGUAGCCUGUGAAGCUAGAUCCUGUGGUUGUGUUAGAAAACAUUGCUUUAGAAUUAGAAACCUACACUUUUGUCAAAGGGACAGAUUUACAAAAUUAAUAAUUUUAGGAUAUCCCGAAGGAUAUGAUUGAUGCAUUUAUCAAAUAAGAUCAGGGUGCCAGUUCAUAAUAAUGUGUUUGAUUGCUCCCAGUGGUCGACAACCAUUGUAAUAUGAGGUAUUAAAACUUAGAGGCAAUGCCAUAUAACUGCCUACCAAAUCACUAAUCCACAAAAAUAGAAUGUGUGCUUAGUUAUCAACCAAAUGCAAAUAAAUGGGGGCUUAGCAAUUCAGUAAAAUGAAUUUCCUGUGUAGCUACAAUUGGGUACUUUUAUUGUAACAUUACCGCUCAUAAAAAAAGAAUGAGCAAUCGUAAAUCUGGCCCUACCUGUUUUUUGUGUUUCAUUAAAAAAUCCAUUGCAUCAGUUUAAUGUAUAGGUGCGAAGGCCAUUUUCAUAGACUGGUACUUACCAAUACAUGACCAAUGUAAUGUCCAUUUCCUUGUGCGUCUUCUCUAAAUAGUAAUAGCAACUAUAAUACUUAAAACUGUGUUUUUAUAUUUCUAUAAAGACAACAAUAUGCCUAUGACUGGUAGCUCUCAUUUUACAAUAAUAAUAUAUACUGCAUUUUGUAAAUUU